UCUACCCGUUAGAAAGAAAAACACGGUACAUUACAUUGAUAAAGCUGUGUAUUUACUAUCUAAAAUGCCAAACACCAAAACGACCAAAAGAAAAGAAGUGCCUGAAAAGGAUACAGAGAAUAUCAGAAUACCAUGUGCAGUGUGCGGUGUCACUUUCAAGAAAAUUUCCUAUCUGAAAAUUCAUAGGAAGAAGUAUCAUAAGAAAGUAGAAGAAAAAGCUACAUUUGAGAAGAAAAGUGAAAAUGCAGCUCAAACAAUAAGUGUAGAUACAAGUGAAGACGAAAGUGAUUGGGACGUAGACCCAGACAUCAGUAUUCAAGAUGAUGAAGAUACGGAAAGGGAUGAAAAGGAGAGCAAGGGUGAAAACAGUCAGGAAAGUGAUGAUAGUGAUGGAAGCAGUUUAAGUGAAAGUGAAGUUAAUGUAAUAGGUGCAAAGUCCGAAAUCAAGGAACAGUCAGAAAUAGAAGACAAAGCCCUAAUGAACAAAGAAUUGGAAACACAGAAGCAGUCUGAAGCUAAAGAUAUUAUGAAGGGACGUCUUGAGAGACUAGGAACAAAGCCAAAGAUAUUCGUGCCGAAACGAAAAGCUUUUCCACUGAUGGAGAAAUCCAAGGAGAUGUAUAAGAAGCAAAAAUUUGACAAUACUAUUAAGCCUGAGAAAAGACUACCAGUAGAUAAGCAAACUAACCUUCCUAACGUUGAGAAGAAUGUUAAUAAGAUUAACAUAGAGUGUGAAAUGGCUAUUGAGCAAGACAAUACUGCAGUGCAAGAUAUGUCUGUGAAAUAUGGUUCAAAGAAAGUUUUUCAGAGUUUUGAAAAAGUUAAAGGAAGAAAGUAUGAAAGAGAAGAAACCAUAAACUUAGGUGAUUAUAUACCAGAAGAUAUAAAGAUUGAACCUAGAAACAUUAUCGUUGAAGAAGAAAACGUCAGAGGGAAAAUGUGUAUUUGA